AGAACGUUGCCAAUUAAGGAGGAAUGGAUUUCAUACCCCCCGUUUAAUGUCUGUGAAGAAAUUAUUCAAUGGUGGAAUAGCAACCAGAGCUACACUUCAUCCAAUUCCAAUCCUAAUCUAUUGCCUGCAACGAUGUCGUUGUCUGUGUCAACCAACCCCACGGCGAGGGAUCGGAGUUACCAUUUAGAACCUGUUAAAAGCAAUCCUGGCAGAGUAUCCAGUUACUACCCAAGUACGGUACCCAACUCGCAGUUCAUGGAUGUGUUCAGGAGCGCACAGAGUAUCUUCCAUCCUCUCAAGUCCCUCGGACGGCUGGUCACGGACACUCAAGCAGUUAUGCCUUUCAGCUUCAAUGGAGUCCCGUCCUUUUUCAAUCACAAUAGCCACCAGACAUCUGUCCUUCAAGAGCAAGUCUAUAACGUGUCAAGCAUUCCGUAUUUCAACAGAAUGCCGCCAACCCAACAUACCGUGUACUCCAAGCACGAGGAAGUAGUCACCAGAGCUGCCGGACGCAUAGCUGGAUCACUGUCGGAAUUCAGCAGUCCAUCGAGCGAGAAAUCGUCUUCUCCUUCGAAGGACAGUUUCUUCUAUCUGCGCAACUCCAAUUCAAUCAUUGAGAAAACGAACACUUUUUGUUUCAGUGAAGAAGAUCUCUUCACAGUUCUCUACGGUUACUCUAAAAAGCAGGAGCAAAACACGGGCCAUGCCAUAUCUGGCUUGGUCUUCCCUGGAAACACAGUGCCUGAAAAUCACUUUCAGCUCCUGGAUACAGAAGCACUCGAACUACCUGAGGGAUUAUGUAUACUUCAGACAAAGUAUGGAGAUGUUCCGCACUAUGGGGUUUUUGCAAACAAAAGCGCCAUUCCAAAAGGGACAAGGUUUGGCCCUUUCCAAGGGAAGUUAGUGAAUACCAGCGAGAUCAAGACGUAUGAUGACAAUACAUUGAUGUGGGAGAUCUUUGAGAAUGGGCGCUUGAGUCACUUUGUGGACGGCAGGGGAUCUUCGGGGAACUGGAUGUCUCUCGUAAAGUGCGCCCGAUUUCCAGAGGAGCAGAACCUCAUAGCCAUUCAAAGCCAGAGUCAGAUCUUUUACGAGACCUGUAAGGAAAUUCGACCACAGCAAGAGCUGCUUGUCUGGUAUGGUGACUGUUAUGUGCAAUUUCUUGGAAUCCCACUGACACUGAAGGAAAUGAUCAACGAGCGAAACACACUUCUUUCAUCAGAAGAUUCAGAGGGUUUCAAAUGCGAUCGAUGCGGGAAGGUCUUCGCCUAUAAAUACUACAGAGAUAAACAUUUAAAAUACACACGGUGCGUGGAUCAGGGAGACAGGAAGUUCCCCUGUCAUCUUUGUGACCGGUCAUUCGAAAAGCGAGAUCGACUCAGGAUUCACAUUUUGCACGUUCACGAGAAACACAGGCCUCACAAGUGUUCUGUGUGUGGAAAAAGUUUCUCUCAGUCUUCCAGCCUGAACAAACACAUGCGCGUGCACUCAGGAGAGCGACCAUACAAGUGUGUUUACUGUAACAAGGCAUUCACGGCCUCAAGCAUCCUACGGACGCAUAUAAGGCAGCAUUCUGGUGAGAAGCCUUUCAAAUGCAAGCAUUGCGGGAAAGCCUUCGCCUCUCACGCUGCUCACGAUAGUCACGUGAGGCGAACCCAUGCCAAAGAGAAACCACACGCUUGUGAAGUAUGUGGAAAUGCAUUCCAGGAAGUACAAGAACUCAAAUAUCACAUGCAAAGUCAUAAAGCGGAGCGACCACUUUUAGAUGCUACCCUUCCGUCACCGAUUUCGCCAAAGCACUCUUCAGAAGAUGUUGAUUUGUUUUCCAUAAGCAAAGAAUGCUCUAGGACACAAAAUCAACUGGCUGAAAAUUACUCAUACACUGGACUUACUUCACUAAACCCAGAAUACCGACCGUGGAAUUAAUCGUGAGGACAAGACUGACCUCACAUUCAGUACGAUUAAAUCUGCUGCUACAGAUUUUUCUUCUUUUUUUUUACAAAGA